AUGUCCAGGGCACAGAUCUCGGCUCUGGUGUUUGGCGUCGGGGGCUUUGGUGCUCUCGUCGCUGCCACCGCGUCCAAUGAGUGGAAAGUAACUAACUACCCGAGCAUCCUCGGUGAUAACGGCCACUUGGGUUACCAGGGUCUGUGGAUGAACUGCGCAGGCGGCGUGGCUGGGGUAGACGCGGACGGAGCGGCCGCGGGUGCUCCACUCCAGGUUCCUACGGAGCGGAGGCGCCCGGGGCUCCAGACUCCCCGCCAGCGCCGGCAAGAUGCUGCCGGCGUACCCGGAGGUGCCGCCCAGCCCGCUGCAGGACGCGAACCUCUGCUCCCGCCUGUUCUGACUUUUCCGUUACUUGAUGAGGUAUCCCAGUGCAACCCUCAGCUGCCAUCAGAUGGUAAAACCGUAGUGGACGUGCAAGAUUUCACUACCUUUUGGGAUGAGUCGUCACUGUUGAGUGCUGUGCUGGGGGAGCUGCCCCCGAGCCAGGGGCUGGUCAGCGUGCACGGGAGGAUCGCGUAUGUUUCUCAGCAGCCCUGGGUGUUUUCAGAAACUCUGAGGAGUAAUAUUCUAUUUGGGAAGAAAUAUGAAAAAGAACGAUAUGAAAAAGUAAUAAAGGCUUGUGCUUUGAAAAAAGAUUUACAGCUUUUGGAGGAUGGAGACCUAACCGCGAUAGGAGACCGGGGAACCACGCUGAGUGGAGGCCAGAAAGCCCGGGUCAACCUCGCCAGAGCCGUGUAUCAGGAUGCAGACGUCUACCUCCUGGACGAUCCGCUCAGUGCAGUAGAUGCAGAAGUGAGCAGGCACCUGUUCGAGCUGUUUUCAGCUUGGAGCACCCCACUAACUGCUUUUGCACGCUGUACCUUUUACAUUUGUCGGUGUGUUUGUCAAGCCUUGUAUCAGAAGAUCGCAAUACUAGGGACUCAUCAGUCGCAGUACCUAAAAGCUGCAAGUCAGAUUCUGGUAUUGAAAGAUGGCAAAAUAGUGCAAAAGGGGACUUACACUACAUUUCCGAAAUCUGGGGUAGAUUUUGAAGAUAUCCUUUUAAAGAAGGUGAAUGAGCAGGCUGAACUGUCUCCAGUUCCAGGAACUCCCACUCUGAGGAAUCAGACCUCUGAGUCCUCAGUUUGGUCUCAACAGUCUUCCAGACCCUCGUUGCAAGAUGCCGCUCCAGAGGACCAAGAUACUGAGCAUAUACAGGUUACACUACCACUGGAGAGCUAUUCGGAGGGAAGAGUUCACUUUAAGACCUACAUGAAUUACUUCACAGCCGGUGCUCACUGGCUUACCAUCAUUUUCCUUCUUCUGCUAAACAUUGCAGCUCAGGUUGCCUACGUCCUUCAGGAUUGGUGGCUUUCAUACUGGGCGAGUGGACAGAGUACACUGUGUGCCGUGGUGAAUGGAAAAGGAAACCUGAUUGUGGUGCCUGAUCCCGACUGGUACUUCACAGUUUGUUCAGUUCUAACUGUAGGUACUGUCCUUUUCGGCAUCACAAGAUCUCUGUUGAUGUUCUGCGUUCUUGUUAAUUCUUCACAAAUUUGGCACAACAAAAUGUUGGAGUCCAUUUUGAGAGCUCCGGUAUUGUUCUUUGAUAGAAAUCCAAUAGGAAGAAUUUUGAAUCGUUUCUCCAAAGACGUUGGGCAUAUGGAUGACUUGCUGCCCCUGACAUUUCUUGAUUUCAUCCAGACGUUUCUCCUUGUGAUUGGCGUGGCAGGCGUGAUGGUGGCUGUGAUUCCUUGGACUGUGAUGCCCCUGGUUCCCCUUGGCAUCAUUUUCUUUGUUCUUCGGCAAUAUUUCUCAGAGACGUCAGGAGAUGUCAAACGCCUGGAAUGUGCAGCACAGAGCCUAGUGUUUUCCCACUUAGCAUCUUCCUUCCGGGGACUCUGGACCAUCCGGGCGAACAAUGCUGAACAGAAGUUUCAGGAACUGUUUGAUGCGCACCAGGACUCGCAUUCAGCUUUGGAUGCUGGUAAGGUGGGCCUGGCGCUGUCUCUCGCCCUCACGCUCACGGGGAUGACCCAGUGGUGCGUCUGGCAAAGCGUCAGAGUUGAGAAUAUGAUGAUUUCAGUAGAAAGAGUGAUUGAAUAUACAGACCUCGAGAAAGAAGCACCCUGGCAAUACUUCUUUCAUCUUCCACCACCAGCCUGGCCCCAUGAAGGACAGAUUUUCUUUCAAAAUAUUAACUUAAGGUUGGCAUUGUGGGAAGAACAGAGGCUGGAAAAAGUUCCCUCAUCGCUGCCCUUUUUAGACUGUCAGAACCUGAAGGUGAAAUUUCCGUCUACGGGAUCUUUUAAAGAAGCCAUCAAAAGUGUUCCUGGCAAAAUGGAUACUGAAUUAGCAGAAUCAGGAUCGAACUUCAGUGCUGGACAGAGACAACUGGUGUGUCUUGCUAGGACUAUUCUCAGGAAAAGUCAGAUAUUGAUUAUUGACAAAGCCACAUCAAAUGUGGACCCAAGAACUGAUGAGUUAAUACAAAUAGUCCAUGAGAAAUUUGUUCAGUGCACUGUGCUAACCAUCACAAACAGAUUGACCACCAUUAUUGACAGCGACAGGAUAAUGGUUUUGGAUUCAGGGAGACUAGAAGAAUACGAUAAGCCAUAUGAUUUGCUGCAAGAUAGAGACGGCCUGUUUUACAAGAUGGUGCAACAACUGGGCAAGGACGAGGCUGCAGCCCUCAUUGAAACAGUAGAACAGGUGCACUUCAAAAUGACAUAGACAGAUAUUACUCACAGUGACCAUGUGGUUAUGAACGCUUCCAAUGGACAGCCCUCAGCCUUAACAAUUUUUAAGUCAGCACCGUGAUUCUCCCAUGAGGUCAAGUCUAUUCCGAAGGUCAACCAAAGGAAGGGAGUUAACAAGAUCUGGGGACCCCGGAAGACUCAGAAAGGCAAAUUAUCCACUUGACACAUCUGAGUGGACAUUAGUUGACACCUCUCAGGCUGACCAGAUGCAGGACUACAAAGACCCAAAAAACCAAGAAUAAACUACAGGAGAUAAAUUUGUUACACUGUUUAUUUUGUCAUAAAGACACAGUAGAAAAUUAUAAUACACCUUCAGGCUGUUCUA